AACCCCGCAGGACCGAGUUUCUCAGCCCUGUCUCUCUCGCACGCCGCGCGGCUUCCGCCAUAGCCCCCGCUUCCUCCUCGCGCGUCUGGUGCGGCGGGCUCUCUAGGCCGGCGCGUCUCUAUGGCCGCAGGGGCGGCAGUUCCGCAGACUCUGUCGGCACCAUGGCUCCGGCGAGAGAGAGCGUCAGUCUGUUCUUCAAGCUCUACUGCCUGACGGUGAUGACCCUGGUGGCCGCAGCUUACACCGUAGCACUGAGAUACACACGGACAGCGGCCAAGGAGCUCUAUUUCUCAACUACAGCCGUGUGCAUCACAGAGGUUAUCAAGUUACUCAUAAGUGUUGGACUGUUAGCCAAAGAAACUGGCAGUCUGGGUAGAUUUAAAGCUUCUUUAAGUGAAAACGUCUUGGGGAGCCCCAAGGAACUGGUGAAGUUAAGUGUGCCAUCCCUGGUGUAUGCUGUGCAGAACAACAUGGCUUUCCUAGCUCUCAGUAAUCUGGACGCAGCAGUGUAUCAGGUGACCUAUCAACUGAAGAUUCCCUGCACUGCUUUAUGUACUGUUUUAAUGUUAAAUCGAACACUCAGCAAAUUACAGUGGAUUUCAGUUUUCAUGCUAUGUGGUGGGGUCACACUGGUACAGUGGAAACCAGCCCAAGCUACAAAAGUCGUGGUAGCGCAGAAUCCAUUAUUAGGCUUUGGCGCUAUAGCUAUUGCUGUAUUAUGCUCUGGAUUUGCAGGAGUUUAUUUUGAAAAAGUUUUAAAGAGUUCAGACACUUCCCUUUGGGUGAGAAACAUUCAGAUGUAUCUGUCAGGGAUUGCUGUGACGUUAGCUGGUACCUACUUGUCAGAUGGAGCUGAAAUUAAAGAAAAAGGAUUCUUCUAUGGCUACACAUAUUAUGUCUGGUUUGUUAUCUUCCUUGCUAGUGUGGGAGGCCUGUACACGUCGGUUGUGGUGAAGUACACUGACAACAUCAUGAAAGGUUUCUCCGCGGCCGCAGCCAUUGUUCUUUCUACCAUUGCUUCAGUCAUACUGUUUGGAUUACAGAUAACACUUUCAUUCGCACUGGGAGCUCUUCUUGUGUGUGUUUCCAUAUAUCUCUAUGGGUUACCCAGACAAGACACUACGUCCAUUCAACAAGAAACAACUUCAAAAGAGAGAAUCAUUGGUGUGUGAUUUGAAUCUCAAGAUAUUCCUCUAAGAACUAAACUGUUGAUAAUAAAUCAGAGCCUUAAGUCAACCCCAGAUGGUAGCUUAAACAAUGUCAACAGAUUAAAUGUAUGACACAAGACUCAAGAAGAAAACUCUGAAUGAAAUGCUAAAACAUUUAAUUUGGGUGUGUUUGGUGUCAAGUUAUAUUAUUUCAGAAUGAAGGACUUCAUAUGAGAGAGAGAGAGGAGAGAGAGAGAGAGAUCAAUCUUGUAUACAGAGCAUGGAGGUGCCAUGCUAACUGUGUGUGUGUGUGUGUGUGUACACGCGUGUGUGGUGUACACAGAACAUGGAGGUAACGAUGCAGGAUCAUAGCAUCAAGUGAAGAAACUACAAUAUUCACUCAACAAGGUUUAAGACAGUGUCUGAGGGUUAAAGUGCCAAAGCCAUUUCUGUCCUCACUGCUCUCUUGUUGAGGUACUGGGAGAGGACGGUUAGCCUUCUCCAGCCCAUGGAUAGCACUUUGUCCCCACAGCAGUAAAAGAUCUAGCUUCUCCUAUCAGAGUGACGAAGGAGUAAGGCUGGAGAACACGCCUCAGUGUGUGGCUUCUGCACCGGGAUCUACUUCACAGCUCAGACGCUGACUUCUGGGGAUGACUGACAACUUCACUGAUGUAUUUGUGCCAUCUACUGUCUGGUUCCCAUCCCUUUGCUGACAGCUGAUAUACUUUUCAGAAAAUUUUAUAAGCCGCUUUUAUACUUUCUUUUUUAUAAAGUAUGGUUACCUGUUGGGCUCUCAAUUUGUGACUUUCAGUGAUUUUAAAAUAUUUCUAUAAUGUUAAUGGGGAAAUCCAGCAAUAAACUUAUUUAUAUCA